CGGCGGCUGAGCGGCGGCGGCGGCGGCGGCUGUGGAGGCCGCAGUCCGGUCCUGGCCUGGGCCCCCGUGCCACGAUGGUGACGCUCGCUGAGCUGCUGGUGCUGCUGGCCGCGCUGCUGGCCACGGCCUCGGGCUACUUCGUCAGCAUCGACGCGCACGCCGAGGAGUGCUUCUUCGAGCGGGUCACCUCGGGCACCAAGAUGGGCCUCAUUUUCGAGGUGGCCGAGGGCGGCUUCCUGGACAUCGACGUGGAGAUCACAGGCCCUGACAAUAAAGGGAUCUACAAAGGGGACCGGGAGUCCAGUGGGAAGUACACGUUUGCUGCUCACAUGGACGGGACGUACAAGUUCUGUUUCAGCAACAGGAUGUCCACCAUGACCCCAAAGAUCGUGAUGUUCACCAUCGACAUUGGGGAGGCCCCGAAGGGCCAGGACAUGGAGACAGAAGCUCACCAGAACAAGCUAGAAGAAAUGAUCAAUGAGCUGGCAGUGGCCAUGACAGCCGUAAAGCAUGAGCAGGAGUACAUGGAGGUGCGAGAGAGGAUACACAGAGCCAUCAACGACAACACCAACAGCAGAGUGGUCCUCUGGUCCUUCUUUGAAGCCCUUGUCCUGGUUGCCAUGACGUUGGGACAGAUCUACUACCUGAAGAGGUUUUUUGAAGUCCGGAGGGUGGUUUAAAAAGCCUUUUCCUGAGGAUCCCAAACUCAUAACUCACUGUUUACCAAACACCUUGGUCAUAAUAAUGUCAUUAGUUUCUGUUUCUCUUUUCUGAACUGUACAUUUCACGGUUUGGUUUAUGUUUUCUUUGCGACGAGUAGAUAGUGGGGGAGAAACACCUUAAGAAAGUGACAGUGAAAAUCUGACAUCUGGCAUAAUUUCUUAACAUGCUGCCUUCAUGAUACAAGUCCUUUCAGAACUCAAACACUGUAAAUGACACAUAGGAGUAGAGUCUUCAGGAGAUCUUUUGUUUUCAUACUAAAUUGCAGCUUGGUCAGGAUAUUGGCACAGUGCCUGACAGAUCUCUACUAAAAUGACUGCAUUUUUGGGUCCCCUCAUCCUGUGGCUCACGUCAUUAAAAAGUCAUUUUGUUGAGUCCGUGUGAGGAGCAGCAAUCUGAAUCUUGCCAUUGUUGGCCUUGCCUAAUGGCAGAGUUCUCUUGGAGCACCUGCUUGUGCUGGGUCAUUCUAUGUUGUUUGUUUUUGCUUUAAAGGUAAGACUCCUCUGACACACAGUUCCCCCUCUGUUUUUUACAUCAAACUUUAGGCUUCAGUCACCUCCAUAUAAAUUGAUGACAGAAGCAUCUAAUAACCAUCGUCUGGCUUCUGCCCAAUCUUGUCAGAAGUUGCUCUAAAAGCCACUCUCCAGGUGUUUCAGCAAAUGCUAGUGCUCCCCCGUGCUGCCACGUCCACUCUUGGCAGGUACAAAGUAUGCAUUCAUGUCACUGGAACAGUCUGGAUUUCUGAUGUCAGAGGCUUAGAGCCUGUUGGGUUUUGUUGCGGUGACAUCCAGCCACUAUUUUAUUUUUCACCAGUGGUCUUUGGGCCACUUUACCUAGGGCAUUGGACGUCAUGUCAGCUCUAGGGUUUUUUGUUUGUUUCUCCUGGGUUUUUCUUUUUUUGGCACAUGUGAAUUUUGUUUUAUAUAGAACGGAAUGACUUUUCUCUUCGAUCUCUGAUGAUGGGUUUGAAAUUAAAGGAGCAUCUGUUGUUGGUGUGGGGAUGAUCCAGGAUUAUGUUGUGACUGAUGUAUAUUAGUUACUUGUACAUUUUUUUUGGAUCUUUGCAAGGGAAAAACUAUAAGUAACAAGUUUUAUAUAAUUAAUUUAAAUUUGUUACAGUUUCCAUGUUGAGGACAAAUACUUUUUCAACCUUGGAUGACAAUAACUUGCAACAGUUCAUUGUUAAGGUGAGGGUGUUUCACCUUAGGGUAACUGUUGCUUGCCAAUUUUGUGUGUGUGUGAAAACACUUCAAAACUGAAUUAAAAGAUGUAAAUUUAAAAUUGGUUAUAUAUCUAAUAUGCCCCAGGUUCAGUAAAUAAACAAUUCUUUUUAAAAACA